CGUCAUUGAUGUGUCCUGGGUGAAAGCUUGCCAUGUCCUAGCAGAGGGACGCAGACCAAGGAUGUAUUGUCAAUCCGGGUGAAACAGAAGAAGAAGAAGGGCAGUCCGUAUCCUCAACUUUCUCCAACCUCCCCCUCUCGCGCUGUCAAUUGCGAGCACCAGAAGCCUGAAGGAAGCGCACGUUGCCGGGAACCGAGGAGCCCCCGUCUCUGCUGCACUUGGCGUACCCGAGGUUGGCCAGCCCUGCCCUACCUGGGACCAACGACGUCCAGUCAAUGUGGCGUGUCGUUUCCAGCCCCGACCCACCAUUGCAUUUAUCUGAUCAAAUUCUGCACCCGAUGACCCGAUGCCGGUUAUCUGAUCGAUCCUCUGAUAAUCUCCCAGACCCCCGAGGUGCACCACGUCCUGGCCAUAGGACGUCCACAUUGCAGCCGUUGUCCCUCCAUCGACUAGUACACGGACCAUCCCCAGCACUAUCUCGCCAUGACGGCUCAAGUAUUCUCCCUACCAGUGUUCCUGGUCGUGUUCCGAGAGUCCCUCGAAACCGUGAUUAUCGUUUCCGUCUUGCUGGCGUUUCUGAAGCAGACACUCGAUGGGCCAGCAGCGAACAAGAAGGUGUACAAAAAGCUCAAACGGCAGGUAUGGCUAGGCACAGGUCUCGGGUUCUUUAUUUGUCUCGCUGUUGGCGCCGGCGUCAUCAGCACCUUCUACACAGCCGGCAAGAACACAUGGGACAGCGGCGAACUGCUGUAUGAAGGCGCCUUUGCCCUGGUCGCCAGCAUCAUCAUCACCGUCGUCGGGGCCGCCCUCUUGCGCAUCGGCAAAAUGCAGGAAAAAUGGCGCGUCAAGAUUGCGGCGGCCAUCGAAGGCCCGGUGGUCUCCCAUGUCAGUUUCAGUGGCCGGAUCAAGCAUUACCUCGAGAAAUACGCCAUGUUCAUCUUGCCGUUCAUCACGGUGCUGCGUGAAGGCGUCGAAGCGAUCAUCUUCGUGGCGGGUGUCUCGUUCUCGGCGCCGGCGACCGCUGUUCCUCUUCCUGUGGUCGUUGGAUUGCUGGCUGGCGCUCUUGUGGGCUACCUCUUGUACAAGGGCGGUUCCACGGCGAAACUCCAGCUGUUCUUGAUUGCCUCGACGUGUCUGCUGUACCUCGUCGCUGCCGGGCUCAUGUCGCGCGCUGUCUGGUCAUUUGAGGCACACGCUUGGUCCAAGGCCAUUGGCGCCGGUGAUGCAGAAGAGUUGGGCAGUGGUCCAGGAUCCUACGAUAUUACCAAGAGUGUCUGGCACGUCAACUGCUGCAAUCCAAAGACCAAUGGCGGCUCAGGUUGGGGCGUCUUCAACGCUAUCCUGGGCUGGACCAACUCCGCCACCUAUGGUUCGGUCAUUUCGUACAAUCUGUAUUGGCUUUUCGUCAUUGUCGGCUUCAUCACCAUGAGGUAUCAGGAAGUCCAUGGUCAUUGGCCGCUUAUGAAGUCCAAAGCGGACACCAAGACAGACGCGAGCAGUCAGCGAAGCGAACAGGACAGCGAGGCACCCGCUGCGGCUUUUGGCAAGACAGUAGCGGCAGAGAAUGCCGUCGAGAUGCGCGGGUAGUCUAGAGGACUUGACAAUUAUUUGAUGUGGAAUGUUACUAUUGAUCGCAGCUGAUGAUGUUGACGCAACACGUCCAUUUUGCUUGACUCUUUAUCGUGACUUCGAUUCAACGCGCAGGAUCAUGUUUCUUUCGUAACGAGGCGA